GAGAGAGGAAGGAGUUGUUAUCGUGGUCUUUUCUUUCUCCAUAUACAGACCAACUGCCCAAAAUUUGUUUCUCUCAGGUUCCACCUCUUUUUUUGGUUUUUUUUUUUUUCUGUUUUUUCUCAUCAUCUGUCAUCUAUCUUCUUCUUCUCCUUCUGUUCCUUGGUGGUGGGGGUGGUGUUGGUGAAAUCGAUGAAGAUGGGACGUUUGAGAUUGAUCAUCUGCUCCAUCUGUUUGCUUUCUUGGGUUCCAACCCCCCUUGCAUCUUCUUCAUCGCACCCUGUCUGCCCUGCUGCUUCCCAUUCUCGACCAUUUUCCAGUCUUCACGCCCUCACCUCUCAGUGCCCUCCUUCCUUCCUUCCUAACUCCCCUCUCCAUGUUAAUGGCAACUUGCUUGAGAGAGUUCUUUCUUCUAAAGCAAGAAACAGCUAUGCUGCUGUGCUGUUUUACGCUUCUUGGUGUCCGUUUUCGCAGAGAGCUUAUAUGACAUUUGAAGUGUUAAGUUCCAUGUAUCCACACAUUGAACAUUUAGCAGUAGAACAAUCUUCAGCUACGCCAAGCUUGUUUUCCAGAUUUGGCAUACAUAGCUUACCAGCUAUAGUAAUGGUGAAACAAAAGUCAAGAACGCGGUUUUUUGGUUCCAAGGAUCUUGACUCUCUUGUUGAAUUCUACAAGCAAACCACUGGAAGUGAACCAGUUCAAUACGUUGCUGCAAACCAGUCUGGCAGCUCUGUAACAAGUCCGAAGUUGAUCGUGCAAUCAUGGAUGGGGUCAUCCAUUCGUGAGAUGGUUACUAGGGAACCCUACUUAAUAUUCUCUGUAUUGUUCCUAAUUUUGCGUGUGCUGGUAUAUGUAAUGCCAACCGUUCUAUACCGUCUCGAAGAUGUAUGGGCAUCGUACCGGCCUCAUCUGAAUAUGGAAAUUUUCGGGGAGACGAGCCAAGUCUUGGGGCGCAUUCUUCAGAUGAUUGAUGUGAAGAGGGCUUGGUCGAAGCUGAGAAUUUGCAAAAACAGGAACUUCCACCAGAGUGCAAGGAAUGCCAGAGUGUGGGCGUCCUCUCUGGCUUCAGUCUCUUUAGGUGAAACGUCAAUGCUCCAGGAAAUCUGGGCAAAGAAAGGAUAAAACUGUAGCACAUAUCCUGAUGGUCAUCAUGUAACUCUAGCAUCUGAUAUUUGCAAAGCGGAAACAGUGGAAGAAGCUUUUAGUUUUGUUAUAGGGGAGUUUUGUUAUCUGAGUUGUAUUCCAUCCUGGAUUUUUUUCCAUUUCUCGCUGUCAUGGGAGAACAAACGAUGGACCGAACAUCCUUGUAUAUGCAAAUCAACAGAGAUAAUGUGUAUAUUUGUUGUGUUAUAAGAAGCCAUUUCAAUGUGAAGCAGCAGGUUGCUAUGACAGACUCUGAUUAAUA